AUGGUCCAUCUCAGCCAGCUUGAUCUCGGCUUGAAUCAGUUUCGUGGCAAAAUUCCUCAUAGUUUAUCCUCCUGCAGAGAAUUGAAGACCAUAAACCUCGUUAAAAACAGCCUCAAUGGCCAAAUCCCCGAGAGCUUUGAACACCAUCAGGAACUCACUUCCCUGUCACUGUCGAAGAAUAGCUUCGGAAACAUUUUAGCAGCACUUGGGGUUCUACAACAAUGCAAUAAUCUAACUACUUUGGUACUCACCAACAGUUUCCAUGGCGAAGAAAUGCCCACAUACGGAAUUCAAGGAUUUGAGAGCCUAGAGGUUUUUAUCAUUCCGAACUGUGGCCUUUCUGGUUCAGUUGGCCUUUCUGGUUCAGUUCCUCUCUGGUUGAGGAACUGGGAAAUCCCCGAAAGCUUGACACAAUUGAAGAGCCUCAUUUUCCUCGACGUCUUGCACGAAGAUUCCACACCUCCUGAAUUUCCGUUUUUCAUGAAAUCGAAUCAAAAUGCAAGUGGACUGAACCGGCCGGAAUUUGGGAAUUUGAAAUAUCUGCAUGUACUGGAUCUCAGCAAGGACUACCUCACUGGAGCAAUUCCAGAUGGUUUAUCUAACAUGAAGAACUUAGAGAUACUGGAUUUGUCCUUCAAUAAGCUCUUGGGAGCCGUACCCUCUUCUCUAAUCGAGCUCAGCUUUCUGUCAAGAUUCAAUAUAGCAAACAACGGCUUGUCUGGGGCGAUCCCUUCAGGAGGGCAGUUCUCCACCUUCCCACCUUCAAGUUUUGAGGGGAACACUGGCCUCUGUGGUCAACAUCUAUACUCUUGCUGUAUUGCAUCAAAGGAAACUGAAACUGCCCCAAUGGAGAGAAGCAGAACAGUCCCUGUCGAUUUGAGAUUCGGAAUUGAAGUAAUGCCGUAG